UAAUUAUAAGAGCGAUGGCCAUGCCCUUUUUCCUGUAGGAAGAGAGAAAAAGAUUGAAGUACUGAGUGAAUGAGUGGAGUGAAUAAGCGGGCGUGGCAUGGAAGAAAUCAUUACCAUCUCUCAAAAUGAAACCCUUGGAUCGAUGGCACGGUUUUCAAUCAUGGCAGGGGUCGUAUAAUCAUGUCCCUGUAAUUGCAGCAACUGAAAAAGAAAGCUUCUUCUUUGAGUAAGUAAAGGAAGAAAAGCUAUAUUAAAGCAAGAUCCUUAAAGAAAAGAUUGUGCUACUUGAUAGAACGAGAGAAGGGGGUAGGGAGAGCGUGAGCGUAAGGGCAGUCUUGAUAGAAGCUCCAAGAAGACCUCAGGGAGGUGAUCCCUUUAAUUUCAGUGCUGCAGAAAGUUUUUCCUGAAAAGAACAGAGAGAGAGAGAGAGAGAGAGAGAGAGAGAGAGAGAGAGAGAGAGAUUUUGAUGGCAGCUCCACCCUUCUUUUCUGAUCCAAGCACAGAAGAAGAGAGAUGAUGAUGGAUGUGAAGAAAGAAUAAAGUGGGAAAAGUGAUAAGUUAAUAAAGUAAGGCAAAGGCAUCGUUCAGCAACAAAGACUCAUGGGCAAGACUGCAAGAGGGCCUCAAGUGUUUCUUUGAGUGGGGAAGUGUUUUAGAUGUAGAUUCCAAAGAGGCCAACCCUUUCUCUCCUUUCUUUUUCUUCCUUCUUGGGACUACCAAUCCUUUUUAUAAAAAUUCAACAUGGACUCUUCAAAUUUGCUAGAUCUCCGUCACCAACCUGAGGAGCUAUUACUCCUCCAUGCCUCCACUGCUCUUAACUGGAACCAAGAUCCCUUACUCUAUGGUAUUGAGCUUAUUCCCAGCAUCAGCACAAGCUUCUCAAACUCAAAAGAUGAAGACCAGCUUAUAGAUCCACCUCCAUUUGCUCCUUCUCAUCACAUGGUUGAAGAUCACGGAUUUCAGUGGACCGUCCAUAACCCUCACUCAGCGCAACAAAUACACCUAGCAAAGAUCAAAGAGGAGAUCUCUAUAGAAUCUUUUUUGAAGCUUGAACAGUAUAAAUUAUCUUCUGCAGUACUUAAACAUGAAGAGCAAAGACAGCAAAAUGACCUCAAUGUUUACCAGCCUUCACCUCCUAUUCAUGGACACCAAGGUUUAGAUCCUUUGAGUUUUGGAAUGCUUCUUCCUGGUCUAAACAUACCGAAUAUAUAUUUGCCUUCGAUGGAGACAUCAUUGGGUAUGGACAUCGAGGCUUUGGACUUCUUGGCGUCAGCCCGAUUUGGUAGGAUUGGUUCUUGCCAAUCAUCAAACUUGAAUACCUCUACAUAUUUUGAUAAUAUGAACUAUGGGCUUUCGCAUCAGUUGCACAGUCCAGCUCAAGGAGGUUUCGUAAAUCUACAGGAGAUUCCACCAUCAGUCAGUGGACUCAGUGAACGAAAGAGAGCAAACUACAGCAGCUUAGAUCAGCUUCAACCAUCAAGGAAGCCCCGGUUUGAUUCACGCCCUUCAAUCACUCCUUUUAAGGUUAGGAAGGAGAAGCUGGGAGACAGGAUUGCAGCACUACAGCAGUUGGUUGCACCCUUUGGAAAGACUGAUACAGCAUCUGUAUUAAUGGAAGCAAUUGGAUAUAUAAAGUUUCUCCAAGACCAAGUUGAGACCUUGAGUGUGCCUUACAUGGGGACAUCCUCCAACAGGAAUUUUCGCACAACAGAAGAGCUGGCAUGUUAUCAACAUUUCCUUGGAGCACAGGAAUCAACCACAAAAGAAAGAGAUGAUUCAAAGCCAGAUCUAAGAAGCAGAGGACUUUGUCUUGUUCCAUUGUCAUGCACAUCAUAUGUCACCAACGAUAAUGCAGUUUGGUCACCACCUAACUUUACGUGAGGUACCUCAACUUAAAAUUGAUGUAGUUGAAGGUGUAUAUUGUUUAAAAGGGUGUUACUGUUGAGAUUUAUCAAUCUUAAAUUGGGUUGGUGCAUUUCAUUGUACCAUAUCCCUCUCUUCAAUUUAUUCAUCUUAUAAGCAUAUAUUUUUUAA